AUGGCCGCUGAUCGACCUGGACCGUGGAGUCGAUGGGAUGUACCCACCAACGAGAUUCUUCCACCACAAUAUGACACCGGUGCAGGCGAUUUCGUCGGUGGAGGCAGUGUGGGCAGUGUGGGCACUGUGAGCAUCGCUCAGCCAUCGUCCGUUUUCGGGACUGGGCUUGUCGACCAGAAAAUAAAUACGAUUGAUCCGUCCUUCUACGACUGCGUAUACAACACCUCACUCGGUCAGACGGUUAUCGAGAGAUGCUAUAAAGAUCUCGGUUGCUGUGCUACGACUUGCUGUACCAAUGAAGACUGGUAA